UGGGAGUAAUUCCAAUUACGUGGAGGAAAUGUACUGUGCAUGGCUUGAAAACCCUAAAAGUGUACAUAAGGUAAGUCUAAAUUUGACUGUAAUACUGGAUUAAGAGUGGAAUAGGUUUCUUUUACCUUUUCACUUGCUUUUUAAUAAAAAAUCCAGGAAAAGGUGUUGUGUGAAAUGAAAACCAUGAAAUUAAUUUCCCACCUAUUGAUUGGUGUAAGAUGUGAUAUUGCAACUAUGCAAGUACAGAGGAGGCACAGGCAUGGUGAGCAGAGCAGAAAGAAGGAUAAAUACAGACCAGAAAUAGACAGCUGCUCUGAAACUUUAUUCCUCCAUGGGAAUGCUGGUCAAGCAGUCAGUUAAGUAAUUAAUUACAUCCAGAAGAAGACCCAAUUAUAAAAUACAUUUAAUUUUUGGUUUAUAGUAAGGCUGUAUCAGAGAAUAUAUUUAAAUAAUGUGUUGAUGUUGGUACUUCUAAGCUGUCUGAAGAAGACAAAUGUUCAGUUGUCUUUGGAUUAAUGGAAGUUGUAACCUUAAAAUUCAAUCUGAAAUUGUCAGAAUAUUCUUCUGAAGUAUCUUGGAAAGUAUUUUGUUUUGUGUCUCUCCUUCUCUCUCCAGGCAAUAGACAUUUUUUUUCUUUUCUAAAAACUCUAUUACCCAAAUCCUUUAUUGUAGACAAAAUACAUAGGCUUAUUUUUAACAAGCUUUCUGCUGACAAAGAGGGCUCUGUUACGGUGAUACAUGUAUAGUAACUUAAGAAGUUGAUGAGAAGUCUGAUCAAUUCUAAGACAGACAAGUCAUUUUCCAGGAAGUAAUGUGAAUUGUGCCCAAAAUGUUUACCAAAUUGGUUGUCUGUUCCCUUAUUCCUGAGGCAUGUAUAUCAAAAUGUCACUUAGAAGUUGUUGUUCUAAGUCUGAUAAUCUGUCCAGAGCAUGAGGAAGUGAGGCAUGCCAAGGGCAGAAACUAGGAAGGAAACCAGAAAGGGUGUUUUUGUAACUCUUUCUUUCUUUGGAUGUUGUGUAUGAACUUAGUCUUGUUGAAAGAUGACAUAUGCAGUGCCAGCUCUGAAGACUAUCUGUUAUUCACAUAGCAGAUUGAUCCUAGGUCUUUUAUCUUACACCUGAAUUUGGGAUGGAGAAACCUUCUCCAGGAAUGGCUUUUCUCAUCUGAUUUGAGCCCUUGUCCUGUAGCUGCCAGCUGAGCUCCACCUGUGUGGGUUGCGAUAGCACAUUGUGUGGGUGCCCUGAAUUUCUGCAAAGCCCUCGUGGUGUGUCAAGGCUGUAGAUCAAUAUCAGCCCUUUUAUACUGGGGAUACUGAAGGGACGAAUUCAUGCAAAAGGAGCAUGUGGUGACAUCAAGGUGACAUUUUGUAUUGUAUUUAUAUUAUAUUGGCUUCUGGCUAACUUCUUUCCUUUUACAUGCACGAAAUUCCUGGUUCAGCCUCUUUGCAGUGGGUUUGCUGCUGGGAAGCCCCGCCGUGGUCUCUGUGGCUGGGAAGUUCCCCGCGGAGCGAGCCGGGCAGCGCCGAGCCCGCCGCGGCCGGGAGCGGGGCGGCGGCGCUGGAGCUCUCCGCCCGGAGCUGGCCGGGGUGCUGAACCAGGGCGGCCGGGACGGGCACGCCUGCGCUCUACGGACUGGUGCUCGGGGCAGGCAGACGUGCUAAAAAUCCUGCCGAAAGGCCAGCCGACUCAUCUGGCAGUUCAGGCGCAGUCUGAUAUGGAUCCUGUUGAGGUGAUGCAGCUUGUGGGUUGAACAGCAAGCAAUAAAUGAGUUGACUGAGGAAUGCAGGGUGUGGCCUAGGGAGUGGAUCCCAGGUGAUUCAAGAUGCAUUUUGUCGAGGUUUAACCCCACCUGGCAACCACACAGCCGCUUGUGCUUUCUCUCUUGCACACAUGCAUGAAUGGGGGAAAGAAUCAGCAGGGUGGAAGUGAGACAACUUGUGGAUGGAGAUAAAGACAGUUUAGGGAAAGCAAAAGUUGCAUGCACAAGCAAAGCAGAUCAAAACAAGGAAUUCGUUCAUCAGUUCCCAUGGGUGGGCAGGCAGGUGUUCAGCCAUCCCCAGGACAGCAGGGCUCCAGCACAUGUAAUGGUGACUUAGGAAGACAAACACCACCACUCCAAAUGUCCCCCCUUCCUUCUUCUUUCCCCAUGCUGAGCAUGAUGUGGUUUAGAAUAUCCCUUUGGUCAUUUGAGGUCAGCUGUCCUGGCUGUGUCCCUCCCAACUCCCUGUGCACCCCCAACCUCCUCACUGGUGGGAUGAGGAGAAGAAAGGCCCUGACACUGUGUAAGCUCUGCUCAGCAAUAACAAAAGUGUCUCUGUAUUGCCAGCCCCCUUUUGAAAUCCAAACCAGUUACUGUGAAUUAACUACCCCAGCCCAAACCAGCACGAUUAUAAAACUGUGUGAAUUCUUUCCUAGGUUAACUGUGUUUAAUAAACUUGCAACAGUAACAAACUGAAGUAAAUUCACUGUGUCCCUGAUUUAUGAGGCUUGAAAGAAUAUGAUGGAUGGAAAUAAUGGAUUACAGCUAUUCUUGCCUAAAUUAUUACUUUUUUCACAGCCUGUGAGAAAAGGGGAGAAGGAGAAUAAUGCCAAUUAAUUUUACUUUGUUUCAUCAACAAAAUUAAUUUUUAGUUUCUUGAAAACCAUCUCAUUUAAUUGGCUGAAAGCUGCAAAUAUCUUCCCAAGAUUUUUGUUGACAGAAAUUGUUCAACUUGAACUUUCAUAAAACAAGUUAAAACAUUUAGGGCUGAAAUCACCCUGUUUUCUUGAAAAUGCAGAAAAAUUCAUGCUGUGAUUUUGACUGUGAAGUUGUGCUUUUGGCGUUUUGGUAUGGAAAGGAGAGAAAGUGUUGGAAAAUAGUGUCAAGAGACACCACAUGCUGUUGAUUAUGGUUUUGUUAAUGAUUUGGCUCUCUGCAAGCCACUCAUUUUUGUUGUUUUAUUUGGUAUGUGCAGCAUGAUUUAGAGAACCAGUUUGUCUGUUUAGACAUUGCAUUCUCUUUCCUCAUUUUCCUUUUUAUACCAUAUUUUUCCUCUUGUUUCUUCUUAGAGAACCCUGUUUCAGAGGGGAUGUGCCUCCUCAUCGAUUAGAUGGAGGAGCUUGAUUUUUUCUGGGCAUUAAAAGUCCUACUCUGUUCACUUGUACUUAGAAACUCCAAUUAAUCAGGGCUCCUGAACUGAUUUCCCUCUCUGAAGAUUUGACUGGGCAUGUCCUCCCAUGUAUGCUUAUUUAAGUUGUUUGAAGUAUGGUGGUCACAUUCCAAUGAGCAUGUGCAGUGUUUCUAAGAAUUUCUCCUUUCUAUGUGUAUCCUGGUUGUGUAUCAAGGAAUAUGCAUAUAUAAAGAGUUUUUAUUCUUUGUACAAAUCCACUUCAGAUUAUUUCCUGCUUUUUCUUGCCUUUUGAAUUUCCUAUUGUCAGAGUAGCCAGAAUCACAAUCAGAAUAAAAUGACGUGUGUUCUGAAAAAGGCAUCAUUAUUUCUCCUUGAAGCUUGGUGUCAGGGCCAUAGAUCAUAAGAGAGAAGCUUGACAAGGCUCAGUUAUUACUAUCACAAGAUUAAUUACAAAACUGCAUGGUUUGCUAUGGUGUACAUAAUGCCUGCCAUGUUAUCCUGUGUGCAGCUGCUCUGCCCUGAGUGUGUAAUCACCCCCUUGGUUUAUGGACUAGGAAAAGAUGUGGGGCUUUGUUUUACUUUGACUUCAUUUUAUUCAUUUUCUUUUUUAAAUGAUAUAGUGGUGCUCAGUGUGUGUCUUCUAAGGCUUUACUGUCCUCACUGCAGUUGAUGAAUAUUGUGAUGGAACUAGGAAAAAAACCCAAACCAACAAGAUAAAGAAUAUGUUACUUGUUAUUCUCAUUGCAACACUAUUUAUUAUAUGACAGUAAAAUGUUGCCACUGAAUCACUUGAAUUGUGUUAUAUUGCUUAAGAAAAUUAUGGUUAACUACAAUAUAGAUUUGCUGGCAAAUCUAGGAGGAAGGAAAGAAAAUGUAUCAUCUAUCACUAUAGUAUUUUUUUUUGUGAAUGUAUUUCUGUAUUAUAAAUCCCCUCUACCAUUUUCUUGACCAACUUUACUAAUUUAGUUGAGAAGCUGCAGGUUUGCAGUGGGACCAAGCUGGUCUUGUGUCUGUUCAGUCACAUGGCAAAUGCUGUUGCCAAAGACUGACAUUGAUACACAGAACUUGAAGACUAUAAUCUGGUAUCAAUCUUGAAAGACACUAUAGAAAUUUGUAGAGGCUUUGAUGGAUGUGUAUCUAGUAAAAACUAAUUUUCUGUAGCCAAAUGAUGUAUUUUCCCUCCCCUCUGAUUAAAUGUCAAGCCUGUCCAACAAAUCAAUAAGUUCAAAAAUGUGAUAGGAAAAAAUAGUCUGGGUCCAUUCUGUCUCAGCUGGCUGAAUCUUCAGAUGGAAACAUUUUCUUUAUAUUUGUGAGUUUGCAUGAAGUAAGUGACUCUCCUUAAACAGAUCACUUGUUGGGCAAGUCUUUUUGGAGUUCGUUAACAACUCUCUCAGCAGAGCACUUGUCUAACAACACAUUCAGUUGUUUGUGUGACUGUGCUGUGAUAACUUUUGCAUUUAAAUUAAAGGUUUUACUCAAAAAAGGAAUAGUUAUGUUAUUAUCAUCAUUGUAUAUGUAUCUUUGUGUGAGAUAAAGUAAGGAAGAAACCUUAACGUAAGCAAAGCAAAUUCUUUAUUAAAACUUUGAAUGUGAGAGAUGCCAUGGAUCCAUGUUAGGAAUCUCCUAAUUUAAUGUUUAACAAUAAUUUGUUACUGUGUAUUGUCCAAAUAAUUUCUCCAGUCUAAGUAGCUUUAGUAGUUAAAGAAGGGAUUAUGAUUGUUUUUCACUGUCGGGGUCUCCAGACUCUCAGACUGGGUGCUGUGUAGGCAUGGAAUAACAAUACUGUUUUUAACACAGACCAAGAAGGUGUAUAGAGAGAAUCCCACUAAUAGGCUCUUGUAGACCACUUACAGGAUGUAAGUUCAGACUUCUAAUCUCAGCGUGGCUGCCAAGAUGUCAAGGUAAGAAGAAUAUAGGAAACAGGCAUAAAUAAGAGAAGGGAGGAGGAAUGAAUUCUUCAUCAGUAUGUCUAGAUCUGGCUACCACCCAUGAUCUGCCUUAAUUUGUCAGGGCAUAUAAAAGUCAGGCUAUGUUUAGACAAACCUGUGUAAGAGCAGGGUGAUACAUUUAAGUUUACUGUAUUUGUAUUGAUGCAGCUUUGUAUGAAUAAAGAAGUAAGAGGGGUGCAUGAAAACAGUGUUUCUUGGGCAGUGGCCUCAUGCUAAUGAUGAGAUUCCCACCCACAGGUUCAAUGAAUCCCCUCACUUCCAUAACUUGAAUUUAGACAAUUGGGUGAUGUUAGCUCCUUUAUGCUGCCCCUCUCCUGGUGUUUCUGAACACCUUAGAGCUUUUAGAAAUGUCAGUAUGAAGACGUUUUGUUAAUGAAAGCAAAAAGGAUUUUGUAAAUAUUUUUGUGUCAUGCCAUGCUUGUAUUAUAUUAUUUUGAUUUUUUUGUGGGUUCUGUAAUGCAUAUAUUAAGUCAUCUUUUAAAAAGAAAUGCUUUGGACUACUUUUGUUUUUCCUGGCAUUUGGCUCUUUGAAAUGUAAUGGAAAUCUGCAAGGCUUGCAGCCUUGCAGAAAUUUAUUUCUUGCAGUUCUUCUCUUCCAGUCACAAAGAUAUGUACGUUUUUAAGUAGCUUCCUUUUUGUUUUCUGAAGUUAGCCAGCUGAGAGAAGUGUUUUACACAGAUUUCCUUCUUUGCUGAGUACAAAUGUCUCAUAUUUGUCCCAUUCUGCUGCUCUGUUAACAUUCAUAUAUCUGAUACCAUGCUAACCUGGCACAGUGACCACCUCAUCAGAAUGAAAACAGUUCAGGAAAACAAGAUUGGGGCAUAUGUGAAUGAAGCAGCUUGUGUAAAAGCACUGAAGGAAAUAAAAGGAUCUCUUGUUUGUUGUGAUUCAGUUUCUGAGAUAAGUACUUUUCUAAAUUAUGACUUGUACCUGAGACCAGGACCGUAAUUUAUUUCAUGGUAAGGUAACCUAAGCUGGUGAGGAAAGGAUCUUAGAACAAGCCUCACUCAAAAAAGCUUUAAUUGCUUUUAAAGUUUCUUCAAGAAAAGCUGUUAAGGAGUGAUUCUGAUUUAGCAUAAUCAGUGAGUGUCUUGAAGUACCAUAAAUUCUGUGUCAUUAAAGGAAUGGAUUUAGUUUAUUGAAGUUCUUUCUUUUAUAGGCUGGAUAGCUCUUUACCAGCAGCAUUAUAUUGUACCCAUUCUUGGCCGCCUGAAUAAACAGCACAAUUAAAAAGAGUUGUGUGAUUGGAUAAUAUAUGGAGAUCUUUACAGUCCUGUGUGCUGCAGAGUUUUCUGCUGAGCAAGCUUGGUGUAAGAAAUGAGAGGAAAAGCGUUCUGUGUAAAUGAAACACACAGUUGUACUGAGACAGGGACAUAUCAAUGCUCUUUUUUUGCUGUCUGUGAGUAGUGGUUAACAGUGUAAUGCAGUGAGGUUCCAUUUGCAGUUUGAAAGAGCAGCUUUGGAUGAGACUUUAAGUUAUAAAUACUUCUCUUCUCUGUACGCACGUCCAGUCGUGGGAUGUGUUUUUCCGAAGUGCUGCCGCUGGCCGGGCAGCCCAUCUGCCGGCUCGGCAGGAAGGCAAGGGAUCGUUCCUGCGGAGCCACGGCCUGGCCCCCACACCGGCAGCGGCUGAAAAGGUCGUUGAAGACCACCUCGCUGUGCAGUCGUUGAUAAGGGCGUACCAAAUCCGUGGCCAUCAUGUGGCUCAGCUGGAUCCCCUUGGAAUUCUGGAUGCAGAUUUGGAUUCGUUUAUUCCAUCCGACCUUAUCACCACAAUCGAUAAACUUGCAUACCUACUGCCAGCACAUUGGCCUGGAGUUCAUGUUCAUCAACGAUGUGGAGCAGUGCCAGUGGAUCCGUCAGAAGUUUGAGACACCAGGAGUUAUGAAGUUCACCAACGAGGAUAAAAGGACUCUGCUGGCAAGGCUGGUGCGCUCCAUGAGAUUUGAAGACUUCCUUGCUCGAAAGUGGUCUUCCGAAAAGAGAUUUGGUUUGGAAGGAUGUGAAGUAAUGAUUCCUGCACUUAAAACCAUCAUUGAUAAAUCCAGUGAAAUGGGAAUUGAAUAUGUUAUAAUGGGAAUGCCUCAUAGAGGUCGGCUGAAUGUAUUGGCUAAUGUAAUCCGAAAAGAGCUGGAGCAGAUCUUCUGUCAGUUUGAUCCCAAACUUGAAGCAGCUGAUGAGGGAUCUGGGGAUGUAAAAUACCACUUGGGAAUGUACCAUGAGAGGAUCAAUCGAAAAACAAACAAGAAAAUCACUCUGUCUCUGAUGGCUAACCCUUCUCACCUGGAAGCAGUUGAUCCUGUUGUGCAAGGCAAAACAAAAGCUGAACAGUUUUAUCGAGGAGAUACAGCAGGGAAAAAGGUUAUGUCCAUAUUAUUGCAUGGGGAUGCUGCCUUUGCAGGACAAGGAGUGGUUUAUGAGACAUUUCAUCUUAGUGACCUCCCAUCCUACACCACAAAUGGCACUAUUCACGUUGUGGUCAACAACCAGAUUGGCUUCACCACAGACCCCCGUAUGGCCCGUUCAUCUCCGUAUCCCACGGAUGUUGCUCGUGUGGUGAAUGCUCCCAUUUUCCACGUGAAUGCUGAUGACCCUGAGGCCGUGAUGUACGUGUGCAGCGUGGCUGCAGAGUGGCGAAACACUUUCAAUAAGGAUGUGGUCGUUGACUUGGUUUGUUACCGUAGGAGAGGGCACAAUGAAAUGGAUGAGCCCAUGUUCACCCAGCCUCUGAUGUACAAGCAGAUCCAUAAGCAGGUGCCAGUGCUGAAGAAAUAUGCUGACAAACUGAUUGCUGAUGGGACUGUGACACUGCAGGAGUUUGAGGAAGAAAUUGCAAAGUAUGACAGAAUAUGUGAAGAAGCAUAUACUAGAUCUAAGGAUAAGAAGAUCCUUCAUAUAAAGCACUGGCUGGAUUCCCCUUGGCCUGGCUUCUUUAACGCGGAUGGAGAGCCCAAGAGCAUGUCUUGUCCCCCGACGGGCAUUUCCGAGGAGCUGCUGACCCACAUCGGCAACGUCGCCAGUUCAGUGCCAGUCGAAGACUUCAAAAUACAUUCAGGACUCUCUCGGAUUUUGAAAGCCCGCUCGGAAAUGACCCAGAACAGGCUCGUGGACUGGGCCCUAGCAGAGUACAUGGCUUUUGGCUCUGUUCUCAAAGAAGGGAUCCAUGUCCGACUAAGUGGGCAGGAUGUGGAGAGAGGUACUUUCAGCCAUCGUCACCAUGUGCUUCAUGAUCAGGAAGUUGACAAGAGAAUUUGUGUUCCCAUGAAUCACCUGUGGGAACAGCAGGCCCCCUACACCGUGUGCAACAGCUCCCUCUCCGAGUACGGGGUCUUAGGUUUUGAGCUUGGCUUCGCUAUGGCGAGUCCCAAUGCCCUGGUGUGCUGGGAAGCCCAGUUUGGGGACUUUCACAACACGGCUCAGUGUAUCAUAGACCAGUUCAUCAGCUCCGGCCAGGCCAAGUGGGUCCGGCACAACGGGAUCGUCCUGCUCCUGCCCCACGGCAUGGAAGGAAUGGGUCCAGAGCAUUCAUCAGCCAGGCCUGAGAGGUUUCUGCAGAUGAGCAAUGAUGAUUCUGAUGCCUAUCCAGAGUUCACUGAGCAUUUUGAAGUUUCCCAGCUGUAUGAUUGCAACUGGAUUGUGGUGAAUUGUUCAACUCCAGCCAAUUACUUUCAUGUCCUCCGAAGGCAGAUCUUGCUGCCAUUCAGAAAGCCGCUGAUUGUUUUGACACCCAAGUCACUGCUGAGGCAUCCAGAAGCUAAAUCCAGUUUUGAUGAAAUGGUGUCUGGUACUACUUUCCAACGUGUGAUUCCUGAGAAUGGGCCAGCAGCUCAGGCACCACAUGAGGUCAAGCGAGUGAUUUUCUGCACAGGAAAAGUCUACUAUGACCUUGUGAAAGAGAGAAAGAACCAAGACCUGGAGAAACAAGUGGCUAUAACCAGACUUGAACAGAUCUCACCAUUCCCCUUUGACUUGCUGAAAGAAGAACUUGAUAAGUAUCCAGCUGCUGAUCUAGUCUGGUGUCAGGAGGAGCACAAAAACAGUGGAUAUUACGAUUAUGUCAGACCUCGUUUCCGCACUAUUGUGAACCGCACUCGACCCAUCUGGUAUGUUGGCCGAGAGCCUGCUGCUGCCGCUGCCACAGGCAACAAGAACACGCAUCUGGUGUCACUCAGAAGGUUCUUGGAUACAGCUUUCAACCUGGAGGCCUUUGAGGGAAAGACAUUCUAACUGCAGGGCCCCCACCUGUCUCUGACUGGUAGUCCCUCAAAACACUGCAUCCAAAAGGAAAGUGGGGAGAAUUCUGGAAAUUAUGUAUUUUUGCUUUACCAAAUAAAAGGAUCCAGCAGCUGACUUCAUUAUUCUGUACCUUGCUGCCCAGUUUGUAAGGAAAAAACAAUUCCAGCUUAUCUUCCACCAUUUUUUGUCACUUGUCUAUUUAAAUUGGGACCUCUUUGACACAAGAAGCUUCUCCUAUCCCAAGAUGCAAUGUGUGCUUGGUGAGGCUCAUAUCUCAGUCUGUGGGCACUGUCUAAUUACUGUAAGUAAGUAGAGCAGGCAUGGACAGCAUCAUAGUUAUGCACACAAGAGUCAUUACCACCAGGAAAAGAAAUUACAUAUUUCUGUCUAUAUAUUAGAGAUGAGUAAUGAAACUGAAAAGCAGAGUUGGAAGAUGACUUUGGUGGAGAAAUGUACCAGCUGUGUUUGUUGGAAGGAGAUGGUGAGGUAACCUGGAGAUGUGAGGAGGAGGUUGGAAACAGGGAGUCACUUUACAAAGUUGUUCAACUGGGGAUAACAGAAAGUAGCAUAAACCCCUUAGAUAUGAGGCCAAGAAGGGCAGAAGUAAAAGGGACCAAGACAAGGUUGUUUGGGGAUACUUGAAGAGGGAAGAAGUGUACAUGAGACCACAGCUGACUGAGCAGUGGGUGAUCACCAGGAGAAUUUGGCAUCAAAGGACUUCAAAAGUAAGAGGUACUCCUGCUCCCUGGGCUGCCUGCUUUGAUGCUGUGUGGUAUUAGGGAACUGUGGGGUCCUGUAAACAUCCUUGUUUUGGAUGAACAGUCUUUCCCUCACCAUACUACUAAGAUAUGCUUUUCCUUGACCACUACAAGAUGGUGUUUGGAUGCGAAAUGUCUAUUUUUGUAACAAGCAGUUGGUUUUCUGCUUUGUCCAGUGCUAUUCUCUACCUCACAUCUCCUUGCUGAUAUUAACUUAGCUCUGAAGUAGCUAUGUCUGAUUUAUUCACCCUUUUUUUUAGAGGAAGGUGGGCAAGCAGCAGCUGCUGAUUUACCAAAGGCACGUGCUGUGGUUUUGCACAAGUAGUGAUUGGUUUUUUUUUUGGUCCCUUACAUUUAUCUGUCAAUUAGGAUCUCAAUUGCCAUGUACUUUUAGGAUGGACAUAAAAGUGAACAACCUCAAGAGCUGGUCUGUGUCAGAGGGCUGAUGUUUCUCUUGCUGGGAAGUAGUGCUUGGCUUCUGGGGAGGCACUGCAUGGCAGGGUGGUCUGAGAACCAUUGCUAGUGCUUCCUCCAUAGUGCUAGAAGGCAGGUGAGCCCAGCUUUCCUCUCCCCUCUUGAUGUAAGAACUGGUAUUGUCAGAAGUCCUGUUCCCUCUGCCCCAGGAGAGCUUGGCUCUGGGUGGACCUUGUGACUGCAGGUUUCUGCAGCACUAACCUGUGUAGUGGCAGGAGCCUUUUUGCCUUCUUUGUACUGGCUGGCAGAGGGAAUGGUGAGGUGAGCAAUGGUGGGGUGCAGAGGGAUGGCCACGCCUGUGCUGGGCUGGGAGCUGGAAGCAGCUGCACACAGGCCCUGUGCCCCAGCAGUGCCCUCAGGGUCAGACUGGAUGUCCUGAGCAGCUACCUGGAGACAGCAUAACAAGUGACUGGAAAACACAAAGAUGAGGCUUCAGCCCAUCUCCACCUCCCUGUCCUGAGCGUGCUCCUUGGACAUGCUUUUGCUCUGGGAGUAUGUUUUGCCCUGCUGCUGCUGCUGUAUGGACUGUGACGAAAAAGCUUCUUGUCUCAUCAAAAUAAAAAGCUGUAUUUAAAAACUUUACCUAUGAUCAGGUACUACCUACCCAAGCAGGUUUCCAAAAAGGCCUGUGUGCCUUGUAUUGUCCUUUCAUUUGGCUUGGAUACACUGUGAUGGUGAAAAAACAAUCCUUCUGUCAGAGCAAAGAAUUGAUGUGGUAAGGUACUUACCAUGGAAUCCAGAACUGAACUUGUCUAAUGUUUGUGAAACUCUGUAGCAUCCUUUAAAAUCAGGCUGGUUGCCCUGGGCUUUUUCUCUCACUGAAGCAUUUAAGCUAAUUCAGUCUCUGAAAACCUAAUGAACUUGGAAAGUACUGCAGUUGACAGCCACAAAUGUUGUUUCCUAUCCCUUUCUAUAGCUCAAAUCAUUAAGCUGAUAGACAGUAACCAUCACCCAAAGUAUUUUAAUGCUUUUAUGAAUGCUUGUUUCUGUAGCAAGAAUUGAGUGCAGCUAAAUAUUCUGGCUCUGUUUAUUGUAUUCUCAGUUUGCAUAAAACAGCGCUGCAUGAAAUAUGAUAAAUGCACUUUUGCCACAGUAUAUGCAGAGGUAAAAAACAAAAUUAACAUAGAAAUAUAAAUGGUAAAUGACAGAUUUUCACUCUCAUUGUGUAUCAUAGAUUGUGGCAUAAUACUUGCAUAAAAAUUCCAUCAAAGAUGCAAAAAAACUCAAUAAAAUAAAAGUACAUAAGAAGAAAA